AUGGAUCAGAUCCUGAUAAAGACUAAAGCAGAGGAACGACGGGUUCAAAAACAGGCAGCCCAAAGAGCAAGAGAGGAAAACAUCGCUCGCAAACGCGAAGAAUGGAUGCACAGGUCCCGUAAAGCUCAAGACCUCGCCGAAGAGAUUGAGACGCUUCCGUGGGAUGACAAGGCCAGCAUCGACCGUUACCUGCACCACCAACGGUUACUGGAAAGAGCAAAGCACCUAGAGUCUCAACUUACGAAGUGGUACAGUGAAGGAGGUCUCAAUAAGCAGACUAGAGACAUUGGCAACUCGAUAUAUUUUGAUGCUCGGGAUGCACUUAGCGAUGAAAGUCUCGCACCGAUUCUGAGGGGCUUGAAUGACACCGAGCGUUAUUGGACCUACUUGCGAAACCCAGACAACACCAAAGACGAGAAGCCUGGCACGUCCCUGCCGACACGGGUUAGACUCCGAUUGUACAAGAUUUUGUGGCUACGCUAUCAAGUGAUUGACACUGCCUGGGUGAUUUCAAUGACAUUACAUGAUCUCCGACAAAUACGGAGGCUCAAGGCUCAAGUAUUGUGCUCUGCGGAAAUCUACAGCUACCACAAACUCACCUACCCGCUCCAGCUAAUGGUAAACGCUACAAGUCUGAAUGCAGAGCGGAUCAUGGAGGACUACUUCCAUCUCAGACGCAUGUCGGGACUUUUCUACAAGCCUUCAUCGCGGCGAUUGACCAAGCUGUUUUACGAAAGCGCAUUUCUCUUCCACGGCGCAAAGCUGCGCUGGCUGAGCAGAAUUGUGGUCCGUGACGUGCGACAUAAGCUCGAAGAACUUGCGGACACCGCCGCCCAAAGGGAGCUGUUUGCGAAGCUUCAACCUCUGAUUGCACACAACCGAGAUUUCGUGGGCCUUCAAAGCUCUUGCGCUGGUCUCCUUAGCCUCCUGAAGAUCCCCUCGCGGUCCCCGCCGGCCCGGCUGAAGAUGAAGAUUGAAGAAGCGUAUAGCCAUCUCUCUGAUAUUCAACGAGAUGUUCUGCUUCUGACUGAGUUUGUUAUGCUUUGGUCUGGUGUACGCAAAAUAUGCCUGAAUACUCCGAGCCGCCAAGGAGAAGAUCACGCGCCAACGCAGAGCAUUGAUUCCACUCCGGCAGGUUCGUUCAUGCCUCUCUACAGCGCCACGAAGCUUGGGGCUGCCGAUAGGAACGUUAUGCCAUGGGAGACGCCUACAUCCCUUUAUCCCCUCGGUCCGGCAAUUCCGAUUCACUACGUCCUGACAUAUUCGGGGCUCCGAAUGGUGCUGCCACGGUUCAGUAGUUGCAAGGUCCUCGGUUUCGACACGAUACCGACGGCCAAAACCCAGGGGACUCGUUUGGUCGAGUUUCUGAUUCUUGCAAGUGAUCACGAGGUGGCUAUAAUCCACGUUGCUCUAAUGAACCAGUUAUCCCUGAUUUCUAAGGAGCCCUUCGUUGAUAUCAUGCAAAACGCUUCGAUCUUGAAGGUUGGUGUUGAUGUCGAAUUCCAGAGACAACUAUUGGCAGACGGUCCUUCCAUUGAAUUAGAGGGCGCUGUCGAACUCUGCGAUCGUUUCCGCCCCAGGGUAUCUCCUGGUGCAGUAUCUUCGAAGGAUCGGGCUGGGAGUAUUAUAUCCUCAAUGACUGCCCAAGUUUUCGGUUCUCCUUUACCAGCGAUUGACCUUCCACAAGCACUCCGAGACUUGCUUCUAGGAACAGAGUUUCGUGCCAUUAGGAGGGUUGGAUCAAUUGAGCCUCUUCAUCUUCUUACCCAUCUAGCCUCGCGCGCCUAUGCCGCAUUGCGACUGUACAGAGUGGCUGCUAACGAGGAAUCCAAACCGAUAUCCAGCUCGCGGGCCCGAUCUGACAUUGACGAACUUUCAUUAGGUCCUGUCCUGGUUUAUAGACAAUCAGGGGUCAAUGACGAUGGCUUACCCAGACAACGGUGGCUGCCUCGCCAACGACUUCUUCAUCUGGCCGGUAUUGCGGAACACUGGGCUACGACAGUUUUCUGGGCAAGAAUACAUACAAACGACUUCAAAAAGCUUUCUAGGCGAGAACAGAAGGUCAAACGAGAAAAGGCCAUUAGAAAGCUGACAGCAUAUUGCUUGUUCACGACAUUCAAUGAAAGGCUCGACACAAUCCAGCGAUAUCUGGGAAUGCGCUUGGUCGCUACUGAAAUCCUAGCCAUUUCGAAUGAGGCCAAUCUUCCCCUGCGCCCAAGAGACGUUGAGUUACUCGACUUUUGGCGCAGGUGGAAGCGGGAGGAGAAUUUCCCUCAGGAGGAGAUACAUGAGGAUGUUGAGAAGAAUGUGGCACCUGCAGCGCACGCUCAUGGCCAUGAAUCUAAUGCUGCUUCGCCGACCUGGAAGUCCCGGGCGCAAGCGCUCGGCUCAACUCAGCAUCUUCAUGACCGUACCAUCAGAUCUGUCGGCGCAUAUACAGCUGUUGCAAAACAAGGCACACCUUCCACGGCUCGAACCCUGACUCAAGCAAGCCAAAGUGUACACGGAUCACCAUACGACUUUGGGACACGCCUUUCACAAAAGAAAAUUCGGACCUCUUCGACGGUGGCAAAGAGGCCCCGCCCUGGCACGAGGAAGGCAGAUCAGUCCACGCCGUAUUUCAAGCCAAUUGAGAGUGCUGUUGCUCCACAACCGCCACCUCUACUCAGUGUAGAUCUGUCUUACCCGCUAGACUCGCAUAUGUCGAACGUUGAUCGAGGGCUGCCAACUGGGAGACGAAAGAAACAAUCGUCAACAUGGGAGCCGAAGAAAAGGAACGACCGAUCUUGA